ACCUUUUAAACACAAUUCAAUUUUUCUCGUUGUAAAAAGUCUAAUUUCUUAUCUCCUCCAAAUUCCUCUGUGCAAUCUUCUUCAAACUUGCAGAGACGGUGAUGGCGAGAUUAGCCCCAACUAGGGUUAUCCUCAUGAUCAUCUGCUUGCUUGCCUCCGUGCCAUGGUGGGCUCAUGGCUCUCACGCAGUGAGCUGGGCCAAGAAGACGAGUCUCGAACCCAAAAAGAAGACCGUCACAAACCUCCAAUUCUAUUUUCACGACAUACUCAGCGGCCAGAACCCGACAGCCAUCAGGGUGGCUCAGGCCGCCGGCACCGACAAAUCCCCCACCUUGUUCGGAGUUGUGAUGAUGGCCGAUGAUCCAUUGACGGAGACACCGGACCCGAAAUCGAAGCUUCUGGGUCGGGCUCAGGGAAUUUAUGCUUCGGCGGGUCAAGAAGAGUUGGGUCUGCUCAUGGCCAUGAACUUCGGAUUCUAUGAUGGGAAAUACAAUGGCAGCUCUAUAAGUAUUCUGGGGAAGAAUAAUGCGGUGCAUCCGGUGAGAGAGAUGCCGAUUGUCGGCGGCACCGGGAUUUUCCGGCUGGCACGCGGCUAUGCGGUCGCGAAGACAUAUUGGUUUGAUGCUAAAACCGGUGAUGCUAUAGUUGGCUACAACGUUACGGUUAUCCAUUAAGAUCUUGAUCUAUAAACACACACACACACAUAUAUAUAUAUAUGCUAAUUGAUUUUUUCAUUUAGCUAUUUAUCAGUCGUUCUCUUUUUGAUAUUUCACGAUUAUGAGACAUCAUGGUUUUUCUAGUUGUACUUCUUAAAUAAAAUUUCAUGUUACAUGGUUUUAGGUGUGAA